AUGCCACCGGUUCGCAUUGGCUGCUAUGGGUAUGUCACUCCAGACUUGGUUAUCCGGCCCGUGAAGUUGACAUCAUGCGAUAGUGCUUUUUGGGGAGAUUCGCCAUGGGCGAUCAACCAGUUUAUCAAGGGGCCUGACAAGAAGGUCGACUAUCUUGUCGCUGACUACCUCGCUGAGGUCACCAUGGGCCUGCUUGCCCGCUCGGCACGUUCCACUCAAGGCUCCCAGAAGAAGCGCCCAGCCGCCGGGGCUGUCACCGAGUUCGCAGACUUGGCCCUUUUACCGAACUUGGAUGCUAUACUCGAAAAAGGUAUUAAGAUCGUCACAAACGCUGGAGGUCUCAAUCCUGUUGGACUCAAGGAAUACAUCGAGUCAAAGCUUGCGGAGCGUGGCUUGUCGCACAAGCUCAAAGUCGCUGCGAUCCACGGUGACGAUAUUAUCGACCAGAAAGAGACACUCCUGAAGGAGGGCCGAUUCCACCAGUUUGACCCGGUAGCAGGCAGCGUAGAGGAGGGCAUCAACGCGUCGACAGGAUACUUGAGUUUGAAUGCCUACCUAGGAGCGCAGCCAAUUGCCGUAGCCUUGGAACAAGGCGCCAAUAUCGUCAUAACGGGUAGGUGCGUGGAUAGCGCUCUGGUCCUAGGACCUCUUGCCUACGAGCUUGGAUGGAACUUCGGCACCAGCCCCGAAGAUCUCGAUCGGUUGGCCAGCGCUUCACUAGCUGGGCACAUCAUCGAAUGUGGCGCUCAAGCGACAGGUGGGAACUACACAGACUGGGAACAAUCAGCUUUCAGCCCCCACGGAGGCUGGUCGAAUAUGGGCUAUCCCAUCUUGACCUUCUUUCCUGACAACAGCUUCGCGAUCUCGAAACCCCCGCGCACUGGCGGUGUUGUCAACACACGAAGUGUCUGCGAGCAGAUGCUGUACGAGGUUCUCGAUACCGAAAACUACAUCCUCCCUGACGUGAUCCUUGAUCUCAGUCGGGUGACCAUCAGCCAGGGCUCACCGGACAGUGUGCUUGUCAUGGGCGCCAGAGGUAAACCGCCCACGCCAUGGCUCAAGUGCACAGCUGUGCGACAACAAGGCUAUAGGAUAUCUGUCGACAUGCUUGUGUCUGGGGAGCAAGCUGAGAGGAAGGCCAAGACUCUGGGAAGGGCUAUUGUUGAGCGAACCAACGCCCUCGCUGCCGCAAGCCAUGCAAACCCACAGGAGAGAAUCUCUGGUGACGAUUACGAGAUCAUUAUCAUCGGUGCUGAGCACCAUCUUGGUUCUAGGGGCAACUCUGGUGAGCGCAGGGAGGUGGUGUUGAGGGUUGCGGCCCGACAUGAGAAGCGUUUCGUGCUCGAUAUAAUGGGCAAAGAGGCAGCAUCAUUUCUAACAAACAGCGCUCCGGGCAUCUGCAUGCUGACCAGCGGACGGCCGAAGACGAGUCCAAACUUUGUAGUCAGCAGUGCACUUGUUCGUCGGGACUCGCUUCACCCCGUCGUCUUUGUCGGCAGUCAAGAGUCACCCAUUGAUGUGCCGCUUACUCUCGACGGCUGCUCGGACGGAAAGCCAUCAGCCAGUCUGGACUCUGAGACUACUGCGAGCGGUGUUGCCUCAUCACAGACGCAGCCUCCUCAGGGUCUCACAUGGCGUGCCAAACUGCACGAGGUGGCUACUGGACGCUCUGGUGACAAGGGAGACAGUGCCAAUGUUGCAAUCAUCGCCAGAGAUGCAGCAUUCUACGAGCACAUACUGCAACAGGUCACUCCGCAGGCAGUCUUCUCGGCACUGCAGCACCUGAUAGCUCCAGGCGGCACAGUCACAAGGUUCACAGUGCCCGGCGUGCAUGCAGUCAACUUUGUCAUCACAAAGGCUCUUGGAGGCGGAGGGCUUUCGAGUCUGAGACUGGACAGGCGAAAAGCUAUGCCCAGCUGCUUCUCUCGCUGGUAUACAUCGACAUUCCGGCGGAUGUCGCCCACGCAGCACAUCUGUGAUGAAGAUUUAGGAGGAGAAGGCGGCAGCAGGAUACACGUGACAGAGGUACUUAGCUCAAGACCAAUUAGCAGAUCACACUGGAGCUGCAUGAAUCACGACCCCAUAAUGGCUCAAACCACGUUCCGAAUCAUGGCCCCGGCGACAUUUCCUCUCAGCCCAGCAGCCCCCCGGCGCGCCCGACUGAGAGCGCCGAUAGCAUGCCAGUACUGUCGCGGUCGCAAGGUCCGCUGUGAUCUCAACAAGCGAGGCUCCCGGUGCACCAACUGCGAGCUUGACGAUGUCCACUGCAAGGUUGCAAACACCCGCAGACGCAGAAGCACCGUGGUGCCCCCCGCCAUGUCUAGCAGCGUCGGCACAAACACGGUCGACAUGUUGAGCAUCCAAGAGCCCAGUGCCUCGCCAGGCCAUAUUGUGCACUCCCCAGCGGAUGACAACCUUGUCUCUGAUAUAGCCCCUCUCAUGACAUCCACAAACGGAGAUUCGGAACCUCCAGCCCCUCCUCAACCACAAGUCGUCAGUAGCCAAGAAGAUAGCGGCAUGAGUCCAGACAUGAUGGAAGAUCUGACUAACGACACACCAAACCUCGGGUCAUUGGCCAUGGUCCCAGAUCUUGAACCCAUGCCCUGGAAGCUUCCUCCAUUCAUCAAACCAAUCAGCCCAGAUACUUCGCAGCCUGCUCUCAACUAUCUCGCUGCUGAGGGAGCCUUCUGGCUUCCAGAAGGAAAGUUGCGCCAGGCUCUGGUAGACGCUUGCUUCGAGUUUGUGACCCCAUACAUGCCCUCACUUGAUAGAUCCGAACUUCUGGGAUAUAUCGACGUGUCUGUUGAUCACGCCCCAGACAAGCCGUGCCAGAAGACGAUAGACCUUCCAUCACAACGCGAAGCUCGCAGGUCAUUCUAUCGGAGGGCCCGACUGCUCUAUGAUUUCGAUGUCGACACCUCCUCUAUCGAGGUUCUCCAUGCUUUAUUACUCAUGUCAUUCUGGUACGAGGACCCAGAUGACUGCAAGGCGGCCGCGUAUUGGAUAGGGGCUCAUGUGCAUCACGCCCAGCAAUUCGGCGUCCAAGAAAAGGCUCUUGCCACGCACCCGAGUCAAGGAUUUUACAAGAGGCUUUGGUGGAGCGCAUACAUCCGAGACGCCCUCGUCUCAAUGGGCUUGAGGCUCCAGCCACGAAUGCGAUCCCCGAUCCCAAUGUUGACUCCGGACGACUUUCCACUGCGCAAGGCCAAGGGCGACUAUUUAACUCGCAGCGCUCUGGACCGUGCAACACUUUCCAUACGAAUGGCCGAGCUAUGCAUCUGCAUCAACCAGACCAUGACAGAAGACGAAUACCCUCACCAACCGCCCCCCAGGAACCGUACGGAGAUGCUUGAUCUUCGGUUAGACGCUUGGCAUAGGGCUUACUGCAGCGAUUCUGCAACCCCAUGUUCACGGGAGCUGGAAUAUGACGUCUCCAGGGGUAUCACUGCUGGUCGGCUUUUGAUGAUCAUGACUUACUACACGGUGAUUUCAACCCUCCAUCUUCCCGAGAUUUCCCAGAGCCUGGUGUCUCCUGGGCCAGGUAGUGUCAGAGGGCCCAAGACUCAGAGGAGCUACAAAAAGGUCCAAACAGCCGUAUACAAAGUCUCGGUGUUGGCCGAUGUUGUUUUAAAGAAAGGGUUGAUAAGUUACAUGUCAACUCAGGGAAUCACAUGUGUCCUUCCAGCCGCCUCCAUUCUCUUGUUGAACCUCAAGUCACCCACGCGGCGUUUACACGGUCAGAGCGCGGUCGGACUGCGCACCUGUAUGCGCUUCCUUGAGCGCCUGGGUGAAAGAUAUUCUGCCAGCGAGGCAGUCCUGGGCAAUCUCAAAGCCGCCGUCGACAAGUCAAAAAUAUCUUUGAGACGGGAGAAUUUGACGCCAAGGAGUGAUUCUGAAUCACCCAACGUGGAAGACCAGGAGCCUUUACUCAGGCAAAGACCCGCCCAAGAUCAAACCACAAGCAACUAUGCCUGGCCUUCCCCUAGCGACCAAGCCCCAGCUGAGGACAGCGGAGGUUAUGCGGUACACAUGCCUUUAUUUACCAAUGACAUAUCAGAUCACGGCGAGGACGCCAUGCUCUUGGAUUUCCAAAAGGAGCCUCUAUUUCACCAAAUGUCUAACUUUCUCGAGUUGGAAUCUGAGUUCUUUACACAGUUAGCGACCUCGAUGGAUAGCGCAAGCAGGGAAGAAGACAGUAUAAGUUUUAUUCAUGACUUGGAGUUGGUUGGCUAG